AUGGGCGCAUCCUCGGGUCUCCAAGUGGAGGUCACACGAGCCUUAGUGGAACAUCUUCUAGGGACACCAGGACUCCUCUCCCACCUAGUGACUUUUCUCCCCUCAUUGUACCGUCGCACUCAAAAAGAGGUUCAACGCGGGACCAUGUACAUGACAUACAAACGUACUCUUAUCCUGGCCUUGGCGACUCUGACUACAGCUCAAACGUCGACUACCAAUGAGCCUUGUGCAGUCGUCGCUUCGAGCCUCAGCCUCAGCUCCUCCUCUGUUCCAGCCCAGGCAGCAUAUGACUGUCUAGAAUCUGUCCCUGUGGACGUGGAGGGAGACUCACAGCUUAUUGACGAACUCAAAAUCGUAUGGCAGUUCCAGUCUGAGCUUGGAUGGUACAAGAAUCCAGGCGAGGACUGGCCAUAUGGGCCUCUGGAUGUUGAGGGGGAACUGGACAAGAUUAAGAAUAGUCUCAGCUCCUUCUCUAGCGAGUACGCCGUUCAAUUGGCCAUCCAGAACAUCACAGUGCGCUCCGGCAAUUUCCAUUGGAACCACAGGCCCGACAUCCUGCGAGUUUUCACGUUCCGCCGGCAGUUCAGAAUAGCAUCAGUUUCAUCAGAUGGCAAAGCUCUUCCAAAGCUAUACAUCUAUGAGGAUGUCGAGGCGCUUGCUGAAGGUAGCCCAGAUGUCUCAGAGAUCAGCGAAAUCAAUGGACAGAAGCCAUACGAUUACCUCAGAUCGAUUUUCUACUCACAGUUCAUUGAUUACGAUGGGAAAAUGAACUAUAUGCUCACCAAAGGCGACACCUCGCAAGAAGGCGCAUUCACAGUCCAGCCGAAAUUCGAGGGUAACAGCACUGAUAUUACCUGGGCCAACGGUACGACGGCUUCUGCCAUCAAUUUCGCGACAACAGAACAUACUUCAGAGUUUUCUAACGUCACUGACGGCACCUCUUUUUUCGAGACUUUUUGUACGGGCGCUGUGAGUGGGGUUCAGACUCUCGAAGGCAACGCUAAGACAGCUGUGAUUCCUCCUGCUCGCCUUGGGCCGAUUCCGAAUACUCCAACUGGCACUUAUCACCGUCGGAACAAGCGCCAAAGCAUUCCUAACAACACACCUUAUCCUUCUGCGGUCGUUGAGAUAUCGACCGGUGGUCUUUCUGGUUACUUCUUGACUGGAAAUGGAUAUGAAGACAUUGCGGUACUCAAGAUUCUUUUAUUUUACGACCCUCAAUCGCGCAACGAGACCGAAUUUAAUCACGAAUUCCAGGCUGCUAUCAAGUCCUUUAUCAGCCAAUGUAUCAGCGAAAAUAAGAAAAAGCUCAUCAUCGAUCUCCGCGAGAAUGGCGGUGGUGCCACAAACCUUCUGAUAGAUACGUUCAUGCAGCUGUUUCCUACUUUGGAUCCUUUCUCUGGUCAGCGUUAUCGCGCUAACGACGCAUGGAACAAGAUUGGGAGUGCUGUCGACGAGGUCUACAGCAGCCCUGAUUUUGCCAAAGAAUAUCAAGAUCCUGCAGGAGAAGCCAUGGAAAAUUCGAACGUUUUUCGCUUCUGGUCUUGGUGGCAAUUCAGGACUGCAGAGGGCGAAAAUUUCAACAGUUGGGACCAAUUCAAUGGACCUCUUGACCUCAACUCUGACAAGCUCACCGCGACAAUGCGGUAUAACUACUCUGAUUCCAAUCAAGUCUCAAUCCGACCUGAAGGCUUCGACUUUGUCACUGGUGACCGACCGAGCCCGUUCAAUGCAUCUAAUGUUGUCAUGUUCACGGACGCGCUCUGCGGCUCCUCCUGCGCCUCAUUCCACGAGGAGCUUAAGAACAUUGCCGGCGUAAAGGCUGUCACCGUGGGUGGCUUGCCAGAAAACAAGCCCAUACAAACCGUAACCGGCAGCAAGGGCGGCGAAGUCAUUCCACUCUUCAAUUUUCCACUCUUCGCCAUGGUGACCCUCGACAUGACCUCUCAGCUCAACCUGUCUUCCAUAGAGGAGGAUGACGACAGUCUGUUUGCUCUUGCCAACGCCGAGCAGGUUAAGACCCGUGUCGGUGAUAGUCUCUCGCGUAUCCAGUCGCAAGACCAAAUCCGGAAAGGCGACAAGACCGCCACACCCCUCCAAUUCAUCUACGAAGCCGCUGAUUGCAGAAUAUUUUAUACUGCAGAGACUUUUGCGGAUCCAGAUGCGGCGUGGAAGCAAGCGUGGGAUGCAUUCCAGGACGACUCAAAGUGUGUAGAGGGCUCGACUGGACACAAGAGUUCGAUCUCUGGGGGUUACAAGCCAUAUGGCGCGGGGCCAUUGAAGGCUGAGGAUCAACCUGCUAAGCUGCCGACUGGAUAUGGAAAUGGCAAUGGUAACAAAAGUGGAGGUGGAGGUGGGAAGAAUUCGGGCGCAUCUGUGAAUGUAAAGGCCAGCACGGCGUUGUUUGCUAUUGCUGCUGUUGCCUUGGUGAUGAUUAUGAUGUAG